GUCGUUCGGUUUGUUAUUAUUGUACUGAGAAUCUAUGUGAAAGUACAGAGCGUUAAUGCAGUUUUUAAAAUAUACCGUUAAAAUCUGUAGUUAGCAUGAAAAAUCUUCGGUCUCCAUGUUUUCUGUUCAUUUUUCUUCUAUUUUCAAUGUUAUGUGCAUUAGUUACUUCAUCGCAACGAGAUUAUUACACAAUUCUCGGGGUCGGUCGAACUGCUACAACGAAAGAAAUCAAAUCUGCGUUCCGUAAGCUUGCGUUAAAAUAUCACCCGGAUAAAAAUAAAGAGCCAGACGCGGAAGCAAAAUUUAGAGACAUUGCAGAAGCUUAUCAGGUAUUAUCUGACAAGCAAAAGCGUCAACGCUAUGACCAGUAUGGAGAUGAUGGUUUGAACGACAAUAUGGGGGGAAGUAGCGAUGGGGGAAACUUUCAUGACCAUUUCCGCUCCCAUUUUAACAUGCACGACUUUUUCAAAGAUUUCGACGAUAUGUUUCAUGAGCAUAAAAAACACCACAAGCGGGCUUCUGAAGGUUUUAAUGAUUUCUUUGACAUGCCAAACAUGUUUACCGACUUCCAAAGUGACGACUCAGCUUCUUUCUUCCCAGAUAUUGAUAGUUUUCAUUUUCAAAACAUGGAAGGUUCCCAUUCACAUCAAACUUUUACUUCAAGUAAAGUCAGAGGUUCCCGUCAAAACUGUAAAACUGUUACGAAAACUGUAAAUGGCGUUACAACCACGUACACAACAUGUACAAACGAUGAACUAUAGUGAAAUGCAAGACAUUUUCUAAUAGGAAGUUUAUAUUAAAAAAAUUUUAUUGUAAAAUGCCUAAAAAAAUGUAUAUUAAUGACUAUGAUAUUUUUAAGUACACAUUUUCAUCAAAGCUUUAAAUUUUUGGUUCAGUGUUUUACUCGUUGGCUGCAAUAUGGGUGUUCUGUGUAACUUUAUUAUACGUACUCACUAUGUUUAUUUAUGGUUGUAAUUAACGCUGUUGGAGGAUUAUAUGAAGAUACAUAUGCAAGCUUUAGGGAUUUAGUUAAAAUUAAUUUUAAAUUUGAAUUUAAUUAUUUUUUUUUUACUUUUUAAGCCAUCUUUUAUUAAUUACAAUUUGAUACAACAGUGGUUUUUGCUUUUCUGAUGUGAAUUUUAAAAGUUAUCACACCAAAACUGACAAAUAAAUGCAUCUUUAUUUCUGUAAAAUAGUUUUUUUUUAAAUACCCCUAUGAAAUGUUAUUACUGUUAUAUCAAAUAUGCUGUUUUACUUUUUAUCGGAUAUACUUUCUCCGUCCAUAUUUAAUGUAAAGUAAAAAUCUUUAUAAAGUAUUAGCUUAUAAAUAUUGCCGGGUACAUUUUUUUUCAUGACAUUCCGUAAUUUUUUCGACAUUUCCUUGGAAAUUUUUUUUUGUUAUAAAUUUUGUUUUAGGUGUAACGGAUAGAAAUGGCAGUUAAAGAUUUGUUCUCUUUCAAUGUAACUUUAUAAGUCACUAAUUUUGGUGUUUUUUCGUCUUUUUGGGUGCGGAAUUUUCUAUAUAUAUUUUGUAGAAUCUGGUUUUAUCAUUAAAUAUGUUU